AAUGUCAGGUAGGUGAUUUUUGACAGCCUCUUUCUCCCAUGAUUCCCAUUGUUAAGAAUAUGCAUAUGAAAUACUGAAAUGCAGCCUUUAGACCCUGUCCCACAUUCUGGACCAUCUCCUCAUAACUACCCAAACAAGCUCGGUUGUUGAUAGUUUACUGUUGAUCUGACCACCCAAGGACGUUAAGUAUAACGUUAAGUAUAGUCUUGGACUAUCGAUUGCGACACUACAUUUCCGUACAGUCCCGCAGAAAACUGUCUGCCGUCAGGAUGACCACCAUCGCCGCUUCCCUCGUUGUGUGUUUCCUGGUCGCGUUGUCUCAAACCGCGAGUCUAGAACCUCCUCAGCAGUCUCCAACAUGGCCGCCAACCUUCUCGGUCGGGUUCCAGGAGGAACAGCACGUUUCUGUCAUUCCGCUUAGCCGUAACGCAGGGGCCUGGUACUACGACUUCGCCAACCGCAGAGCAAGGUUCGACCACUCGCACGGCCAGUACGACUCCUUCUGCCAGAGGGUAGGUCUCUCGCCGAAGGACAAGCACGGAGACUGCCAGCUCUUCUUCAGCAGCCUCGGGAUGCACGUGCACUACCCGCGCGAGCAGAUCUGCUGCCGGGCCUGCGGGGCAGAGGAGGGGUGCACCGUACUCAUGCCCACCUGGCUGACGGGGGCGACGUACAUGGGGACCGAGACUAUCGGCGGGUUGACCUGCCAGGGAUGGGUAAAACCCGGGGCGGUGGCAACGGACAGGUGGUACCAGACGGCUGACGGCAAGCCUUGCCAGUACUGGGAGAAAGUGACGGCGUUCGUGCCUCACGUGAUCCACGUCAUCACGUUCAACGUCAGCUCCUACCAGCUCGGGCCCAUCCCUGCGAGCGUGUUCGACGUCCCCAAAUACUGUAACGUCACAUGCCCCAAACCAUACCACCCCCCUCAUGGGGUGCAGGGAUCCCCCUGAACUAAUAUUGGAAUGUUGUCUCUCCUUAAGAUCUCCCUAAAAUAAAUUUGGGAUCUUCCAAAUCUAA